AUGGGCGAUGCUUUGCUUCGUGUGCGCAGCCAUCUGCAAAGCCUUUCGCACGAGAAUUGGAAAGCAGUAGAGAGUCAACACGCUUGCAAUGUUUUGUGGUUGCAGAGUGAACUGGCGCAGAUUUCACGCUCGUUAAAGGUCAAAGUGCGUUUUGAAUCCGAGCCGCCAGUAACUAUAGCGCCUUUUCCGAGCGCUCCAGAAAACACGACUGAACCGUCCAUGAAGAAGCAAAAGAUUAAAACGCAGCAGGAACAAUCUGCACCGCCUUCUGAUGCUCAGAAAAGGAUAAACACAAGACUUUCAACGCGAUUGCGAACGAGAUUGGAAAGUGUGGACGUGACAGGAGAAGAAAAGAAUAGAAGGAAGAGAGUUCGUCCUUCAGAUGGAGUGCUAAGAGACCCAACAAAACUUAAAGUGGUGGAUUUACGAACAGAGUUAAAAAAACGAGGGCUACCUACGAACGGACUGAAGGCUGCACUGUUUAGUCGACUGCAAGAUGCACUAGAUGAAGAACAGGGAGAAAAUAAAAGCCAUGAACAGGAAGAGAAUACUGGAAUUGUGGUAAUUGAAGACGACGAUGACGAGAUUGUGAGAGAAAGCAUAGGAUCUUACAAUCCGAUACGUAGCCAGUCAACAUCACCGAAAGCGACAGCAAAGGAUGACGAGAACAAAGUUAUUGACACAGAAAAGGACGAUCAAGAGGUAAUCGAUAAAGUAUCGGCGGUCGCAGCAAGGAAUAGCAGUAAAAAUUCUCUGGACAUGAUACAAUCUGUAACUGAGAAUGCAGCACGAAUCAAAGAUUUGAGUCAACCGAAAACCUUUAUGAAGAAUGACAAGGAACCAAAAAAUCAGACAAGGCGGGAUGCAGAAGAUACCACUACAAAGCGACUUCGAAAUUCGAUGACAUGUGAUGAUCAAGAAACGAGAAAUUCGACACAGAUGAGGGAAAAGCGAGACAUGGCGAGUCCAUUACCAUUGAAAAGGAAGUCGAUCUUACGAAAGACGACAUCGUUGGCGCCUAGAACAUCAAGAAAAGUUAGUUUUGCCGCGAAAAAUAUGGUGAAUGUGAUUGCAGAAAGCUCGCAGACUGAUUCGAGUCAGCCAGAGCCCAGUCCAGAUGAUACGCCGAUAUUAGAUGAUAAAAGUGACGCGUCUUCAGAAGGAGAAGAGAAAUGGGAGUUCAAAACAGGCGAUGGUGACCAUAAGGUGACACCCGUUAGCACACCUGUCACAUCUGUCUUGACAUCAUCAACAUGCAAGGAUCCUCCUACAUGGCUUGGGCUAGAACAAGAAACAGAAGAGCAACGAAGAAAGCGUGAGUUCGAUGAAAGUGUUCAGCGUGAGGCACAGAAGCUUCGAGCUGCUGCGAAGUUAUCUGCUCAGAAGCGGCUCGAAGAAGCUAAGGCAAGCAAAGCUUUUUGGGCAAAGCGUGAUCAGCUGAAGGCAAAGCUACGAGCUUCUUCAGCAGGUGAUAAUAGAAAAAGCGCUUUGACGUCUGUGGCAUCAACCAAAACAGUGCCCGAUUCAGUGCCGCUCUCUGUUUUGACGGCGACAGAAAGUAACGUUCCAUCGAAUGAUGAGCAGAAAGCCUCUGCAUCGAAAGUAGAUUCCCAAGUGCAGCUAACGGCGGUCAUAAGUACUCGAGAAGGGAACGAGAAGAAGCACGAUUCAAUGCAAUCUCAAAACCUGCGACAAGAAGUGAUAAGCAUCUCUGAGACCUCCCACCAUGAAGACAAAGGCCUACGAUCCACAUAUUCUGCUAUUGAAGACAAGCAACACGCCGAGCGAAUAACAGCUGCUCGACUCACAGAUAAGCCAGCGGCAAAGUCUAUGCCAUCGACUGGACAAACUCUGAAUGACUCUCUACUUUAUUUUGGCGAACAAAUGCCGUCGAGACAGGAGCUGCAUCAAUCAAAGCCUGAGUCUUCCAUCUUGUCGCCAAUAGCCACCAUGGCUAAGACUGCGGAAAGUGCGAAAAAAACCGAGCCGCCGACAUGGAACCGAUCCGAAUCAUUAUCCUCCACGGUUUCGUCAAUUCCUGAGUCUUCACUUGUGGAGAAUGCAUUAAAAUCUGGUGCUGCGACCGCUCUUAACAAUCCGCAAACAACAGUUUCGCAUCCUGGUAAAGGACUGCACUCCUCUUUGUCACUUUUGGACAAAGAUUUAUCCCAACCAAGCAUCAACAGCCGCCUUGCACCUACAGUGAAUGCUCUCAAGCUUGCGGAGAGAUCACGGGCUGCUGAGGAAAAAAAGCGAUUGGAGAAGGAGAUUCGCAAGGCUAUUUUGAAGAAGAAAAUGGAAGAGCACAAGCAAGCGAUUGCUCUUAAGGAAAAGGCUGAAAAGGACGCUCAAGCCAAGCGAGAACAAGACCGUUUAAACGAGCGAAAGAAGCGAGAGGCGGAAUUAGCAAAACGACGUCAACAGAAGCUCAAAGAGAUGCGUGCAGGGCUCGAAAAAAAGCGAGCGAUGCUUGCAGCCGAAAAGAAGUCUCGAUUUGCUUCGAAUCCAGUAAUGCCACAAAAAACCGAGGUGUCAGCUGCAGUGGCAUCACAUCACAAGAACCGCGAGCUGGCGACUGCAUCUGACAUUUCGCAACUUGCUACAAAGCCGGAUUCUAAGACGGUGCAAAAAGCCAUAUCUAGGCCAAUAUCAAAACCUCAGCCGUCCCAGUCAUUCCCGAAGCCCCUUUCAUCCCAGCCAGUUCCAGCAGUAGCGAAGACGGCGCCAAAACUUGUGACAAAGUCUACAGCAAAGCCCACAUUGGGGUCUCCUGUACCCAGAAAGAUUCCAAAAAGUCAUUCGCCAGAAGUCGUGAACUAUGAAAUGUCCGACAACGCUGAGUCUGCAGACAGUAGCGACUCGGAAAAAGGUCGUAAACAAAAGAAAAAGGUGCCAAGAUGGGCACAGAGGGAUUAUUUAAACAAGAUUCUUCACUUGCAAUUUGGGGAGAAUGCCAUUGAUCCAUCGCCCCAUAUUUUUCAAGAUUUUGUUGAUACGUGCAAUUUGGAUGCCAUCUUCGAGACAACAGAUGUCCAGAAGAAAAAGAAGUUUGCAAGGCGAACAAGCAGUGGUAACUGGUUGGCCGACCGCCCCACUGCGCGUGACAAAGCGCUGUAUCAACGUGAUAUGGGUUACGAGCAUUGA